UGUACUUCCUGUUGUCGCAGCGUCCUCUGUACACGCUGUGGAGAAUUUCGGGGACGAUAUUUACAAGUUCUUAUGGACCGUGGCGCCAGAUUAGAGCUCUUUCAGUAAGAAGGAUGUAAUUGGAGACGCGUGGAUGUAGCUUGGCCCGCCUACCUGUGGCUUUUCUUGGAGUUCCUUUUACGCGAGACGAGUCUCAAUGUUUUCGACCAAGAUGGAAACAAAAAGAAUCGAGAUUCCCUCUGGUAUACUGGACGACCUCUGCAGUCGAUUCAUCCUACACAUUCCCAGUGAGGAAAGGGACAACGCUAUCCGGGUGUGCUUUCAGAUUGAGUUGGCACACUGGUUUUACCUGGACUUCUGCAUCCCAAACACACCGGCUGCUCCUCACUGUGGGAUAAGAGACUUUGCCAAAGCUGUUUUCCUACACUGUCCAUUCCUGUUGUCCCAUGGAGAGGAUGUGCAGAAAGUCCUUGAACAGUGGAAGGAGUAUAAGAUGGGUGUUCCUACAUAUGGAGCAAUCAUUCUUGAUGAGUCAUUAGAAAGUGUUCUGCUUGUUCAGGGCUACCUUGCCAAGUCAGGCUGGGGCUUUCCCAAAGGGAAAGUGAAUGAGGAUGAAGCGCCUCAUGAUUGCGCCGUUCGUGAAGUGUUAGAGGAAACAGGCUUUGACAUAAAAAAUCGUAUCGGCAAAGAUAUGUACAUAGAGCAGAAAAUCACUGACCAACUUGUACGGCUCUAUAUCAUACCAGGAGUAUCCAAGGAUACAAAGUUUAAUCCCAAAACUAGAAAGGAAAUCAGGAAUAUUGAGUGGUUCUCGAUUGAGAAGCUGCCAUGUCACAGGAACGACAUGACGCCAAAGUCUAAACUUGGACUUGCCCCCAAUAGGUUUUUUAUGGCCAUUCCAUUCAUAAGGCCGCUAAAGGAAUGGAUCAGCAGGCUGAGAGGUGAGCCUCCAGAUAGCGAUGAAGACUUUGCAAGCAAUGUCACCACUCCAGGCAAAACCUCAGACAAUGCACGGUCAAAAUCCCGGCGCCUCGCUGGUAUUGAAGUAUUUCCUGGAGAUGGUUAUACCAAAAACAAGCAACAUAAGGAGCUGAGUCAGUAUGAGAGCCAACACUUAAAAGGCAAUGGGAAGAAAUGUCAAGAUUCAUCUUAUCUAAAGAAAGGAACCAAUGAAAAUGGAUUCAGCAACCAGCAGAUAAAGUCAUUUCAUUUACUAUUCCUGCAGAAAGAAGAUAAACGGCUUCAUCCCAGAAGAAUACAAGACAGAUUUGAGACGGAUGGGCCACCAUGCAGCUCUCGCGACGGUCAACAGGCUGCCCACCAAGCGGACUUGGAGGACCUCCUGUCGUCCAAAUCCUUCCUCAGUUUUAAAUUUGACAAAGAUGCCAUCAUGAGAUGCUUUGACUUCUGACGUGGCGGACAAAGUGAUAACAGUAGGCCUUUCCUGCGACAUGAUCCGACUAUGGCCUCUCAGAAAGUCCUUUACCCUGGCAGCACGCAGAGAAUGUGCCCUUCAUAUUUGUUUCCGGUCAGUUUCACAUGGCGUCAUAUUUAGUGUACGGAAAUUUUUCCUCCAUCAACCGUCACUGGGGUCCGGACUUCAGUGCCGGACAUUUCUGAGGACAGCGGUGUGUCGAAUCUGCCAUGAAAUUAUUGUUCAGCUAUUAUUGUUUUAUUCAUAGGUAAAUCCACUUUAUCCCACGCCUCUAAUCAAGUUUCAGAAUACUUGUUAUAAAGUUUGUUAUUGGCCUUCCUACCAAAUAUGGAAAGAUUUUAUCAAGUAACAUCGAAUGUGAUGUAUUUUAGUGAAAACGGAGUGCAGUUCGUCUUAUUCAGAAAGUUGUAUCAAACCAAUAUGUUGUUGUAUAGAGGCUCCUGGUUAACCAUUAUUAAAAUGAAUGAACAAUAAGAAUGCAAUAAGAACAGUUUUAAAGUCACAGUAAAUGAUCUGUGUCCUGAAUUAGUCACCAAAUUUUGAUCUCACCUGCAAGGUUUGCUGAGACAAAUUACGGGAUCAUUUUAUUUCGAAUUUUGGAGGCCACUUGACAUUUUUCACCAUAUUUCUCAAUGAUGCUGCCACCCAAAAGAUAUUUUUUAAUAAAAUGUAUUGAUUUUAUAAACUGUAGCCGCACACCUCUCUAUCAUCUGACUGAAAUGUGUACCGCUGUGUACUUAUUUGGCUGGAAUUUUAUGGCUGUACUAUGCUGCCAACCAAAGGCUUCCAAUAUGUAAAACCUGUGCUGUUGCAGUCUGUUAGUUGGGUUUAAAAAAAUAAAAAUAAAAUAAAAGAUUGCCACAAUCAACCCCGACAUUCGCUGGGUUAGACUAACUUCCUAAAACGUAUACCUCUUGCAUUAAAACCACAAUUAUUUCCCUUCUUGUACGCUGUAACUAAGUAGGCACUUUUUUUUUUUUUUUAAGAUAUACUAUCUUGCCCAAAGUAUUCGCUCACCUGCCUUGACUGACAUUAUUUUAAGUGAUGUCACAAAUAGGCUUCUAGGAAAAAAAUUGUCUUAAAUUCCAAUAAACACAUUCCCGGUGUCAUAUUAAUCCCCAUGGAGUAAGAAUGGGAUGUCACUAAAAUAAUCAUCUUGAAUCAAGGGAGGUGAGCGAAUACUUUUGGCAAAGUAGUGUAUGUUAUACAUUCAUGUGAAAUGAUUGUGUUUGACCGUGAGAUGCGUAAUCUCAUAGAAUGUUUGUUACUGUGUUGAUGAAUAUUUUUUGUGCACAUGGUGAUAGGUUCAGCCACGGUUGCCCGUGAGCUUCAUGAAGUGGUUUGAGUUCACAAAUGUGAACUGUUAAUAAAGUCAGAUUUUUUUUCCA